GUGCCUCGCCAACUCGGACGACGCCGGCUACAUGCCUGACGCGGUGGACAUUCCCCAACGAGCCGACCGAGUUUGUCGCGAGCGGUCGCUUCGACAGUCCAACCUGGGCAAGGACCCCUGGCAUGAAGCCGCUCAGCGAGGCAAGUUGGACGAGUUCAAGCACGAGCUGGAUCAGCUCCUCGCAACGCAGGUCGCCGCUUCCUCCACCAGGUUCAAGGCCACCGCCGAACAGGUCUGCGCCUCUGCACAGACGAAGUUCUUCGAACACGUCGCCAAGAUCUCGACCACCCUCAACCAGCG